AUGUUCUCGGAAUAUGCCUCACGCUUCCUCGCCCAGUCACAGUCGCGAGUAGCAUCUCGUCCAGACGAACUUCAAAGAACUGGCCGUGCCCACCCUAACCAGCGUCAGGGCAGUUCACGGAAUCCGCCGUCACGCUCCUUUUUAAGGACUGGGGAUCCUUAUCGGCCUGGUGCUUCUCAGAUCUCCAACUUCCCAUUUGCCUCCCGGGUGUCAGCCCAGCAAGCUCCUCUGUUCUACAGUGCCACGGAUGAGUUUCGGGAAGAAGACGAUGAAACGGAGCGUGAGCGUGAGAUUGCCGAUUUUUAUGCAUUACAAAGAUCACGGCGACACUUUGGAGACAGUCACUUGAAAGAGUCCUCUGAACUUGAUGAUGAUUCAGAACGCUCGGUAGGAUUUGACGAGGGUCACUUGCCAUACGACGAAGAUCGCCCCGGCAAUGGGAAGGGAAUCAAGAGCUCAUGGCGAGGGGAGAAAGGCGCUUCCGCUCCUCAUCGAUCUCGGAUCGAAGCUGUGGCAGAACUGACAGAGCUAGAACCGGGGCCUAGUUCCAGCCCAGACAAUGCUAAAGUCCGAGAGAAUCUGGUUGACAUAGGACUAGAGGACUCCAUUCGAGAUAUCCUGGAUCAGGAUGACCGAGGCCCUUCUGAUUACCUAGGUGAUGAACCGCCUAUCCAACGCUUUCGAGAAAGACCAGUAUCCAAGCGAGAUCACUUUGGGCUUAAUCGGUUCGAAGCUUCUGCGGAACAUGCCAAACCACUUCCCUCUAAUGGCCCGCGACCACCGAGCUCGGCAGGUUCAUUUCCGACGUCUAUCUCGCCGCUCGCAUCUGAAGCCUCUGUACAUGAUUCCUUUUGGGGUCAGUUGUUUUUGAUAUCCCUUGCCGGUCUAUUUGCCACGGCAUUUCUUGUCUAUUUACACACGUCCACUCCAUCCGGAGAUCAGCGGAAGUGGGGGGACACGAUCUACUUCACUGUCCACCGCUCUUUUUUUCUGCUUGGAAUUUAUACCCUGAUCUCGAUCUUCGUGUCGCUUGUUUGGCUUGCUUUGCUGCGAUCCUACGUGCGACUUCUAGUCUACCUAAUUAUCGUCGCUGUCCCCGUCAUUUUAUACUCAUUCUCCUUAUACCCCUUUAUCUCGAGCUUCAAGGGUGAAUGGCAUGGGUCUAGUGUUCAGGACAAGGCCAUGCGCUGGGGCUCACUUGUCCCAUUCCUGAUGGCGAGCCUCUGGAUUUACAACGUUGUGCAGGGUCGUCAGUCCAUCGGCAAAGCGAUCGGUGUGCUUGAAUUCUCCUGUCGCAUUCUGGCUGCGAAUCCGGAGCUUCUUGCCUUGGGACUAGGUGUGCUUGCUUGUGUCGUCUCAUGGACCUGGAUAUGGAUGCUCAUGUUCACCCGCGUGUUCCUGGGAGGCCACCUGGCUCAAUCAAGUUCCUUCAUUAUAGACAUAAGCAGUUGGUGGCUGGGCGUUUAUUUUGUGAUAGUCUACUUGUGGUCAAUUGGCGUGAUAGCUGGUAUCCAGCGUGCCGUCACGGCAGCCACGGUCAGUCAAUGGUAUUUUCACAGACUAGCAAGUCCAGCACCCACCUCCAGACAAAUCGUCCACGCUGCCAUCGUUCAUGCUGCCACGACACUGUUCGGUACGAUCUGUCUGUCUCGACUUCUCAGUCUAUUGAUUCGGCUCCCUCUGCUCUUGCUCCCCAGCCGCGUAUCUUCGUUGCUGAGUCUCUUUGCCUACUCCCUUAUUCCAAGUCCCAUUGCCUUUCUCACCAACCCCCUCGCCCUCACCUAUGGAGCCAUCCAUUCACAGCCACUGGCCGCCUCUGCACGCGGACUGAGCCAGAUGGCGGUUCUUGCUCCGUCGGCCGCUUCAUCGUCACUUCAUCCCCGAGCCUAUUCUCGCUCACCUGAGGCCUCGGCUUCACUACUCUCCUACCGACUCUCUAAGCUGAUCCUCCACGCUGCACGCUUCAUGAUGUCAUUAGCGUUGGGGUUUGGUGGCUGGGUCACCACUGCCCGUAGCCUGACCACUGUCGCUACCGGCAAUACGAUUCGGGGUAGUUUAUAUGCCUAUGUCGUUGGUCUUAUUGCGGGCAUGAUUGGCUGGAGUAUCCUUGGUGCCAUGGAAAGUGUCAUUGCAGACAUUGUGGAUGCUUCAGUGAUCUGCUGGGCGAGUGAGGUAGGUAUUCACGGACGUGAGGCCCGGUAUUGCCGUGAGGCUGGAUGGCUCUUUGGUGACUCAAAUUCCGAUUUCCAAUCUGAUUAUCGAGAAGUCUGA